AUGGGCGCUACCCAGGAGAACGUUUUGGUGGAUGCUGCUUACGCUGCCUCACACAAUCUUACUGAGAGUCUCGUUGAGGCUACUGAUGGCAAUACUGAUGGUGGUGCUUCUGACAACGUCUCUGGUCGCGACUGUGCUGACAACACCGGUGCUGAUAGCUCUGGCGACAACCACACACACCAGCUAUCUCAAGACAGGCUAGAUUCCCAAUCCCAGCAAACCUUAAAUGUCAAUGUCAACAAUAAUCAGAAUGACAGUUUCAAUAGCAGUAACAAAAGCACACAAAAAAGCCAUCACCAAGUCCUGGACAAUCAAAACGAUGAGAACACACACACUACCAACAACACAACCGAUUCCACUUCUAACAAUAAUGAUGACGAUGACGAUGACGAUACAAACAGCCAAAUGAGCGAUAUACCAAUCGAUAUACUUGAAGAGAUGAAAGAACUACAAAACUCAAUACCUGGCUUAUCGUCAAGAUACCAUUUGCUAGACAAAAUUGGCGAAGGAACGUUUUCUUCGGUCUACAAAGCCCAAGAUUUAAAUGGAAUCUCCAAUUCAUUUUAUAAUAACAUUCUCAAUCAAAAAUCAUUUAAAAAAUCAAUCAAUAAAGAAAUAAACGAUCCCACUACCGCCGGCACUACUAUUACUACUAAUAAUAACGAUAAUAAUAACGAUAAUAAUAACGAUAAUGAUAAUGAUAAUGAUAAUGAUAAUGAUAAUGAUAAUGAUAAUGAUAAUGAUAAUGAUAAUGAUAAUGAUAAUGAUAAUAAUAAUAAUAAUAAUAAUAAAAUUAAAUUGAAGAAAAAAUCAAGAGAAAAUAACUAUGAUUUCACUCCAUCAAGAAAAAAACAAAAGUUAUCCUUAAUCAAAAAAAAUAACAGAAAAAAAUAUAAACUUGUAGCAUUGAAAAAAAUUUACGUUACCGCUUCUCCCCAAAGAAUCUUUAAUGAACUACAACUAUUAUACAAUUUAAACGGUUGCAAACGAGUCGCUCCAUUAUUAGAUGCGAUUAGACACCAAGACCAAAUCAUCGCCAUUCUACCUUACUACAACCAUGCUGAUUUCAGAGACUACUUCAGAGACUUGCCUCUCAAUGGCAUCAAAAUUUACAUGUUCGAAUUACUAUCCGCUUUGAAUUUCGUUCAUAACAAAAGAAUCAUUCACAGAGAUAUCAAACCAACAAACUUCUUAUACGACCCAUUCAAAAAAAAGGGAAUACUAGUAGACUUUGGUCUAGCUGAAAAGGAAAUAUCAAUCAAAGAAUCAAUCAACAAAAAAAACUACAUCUGUCCCUGCAUCAAAGGCGGUUUACCACUAGACCCCAAUAGUCAGAUCAACUCAAAGGGCUAUUUAAAGGAAGACUCAAGACCAAGCAGAAGAGCUAAUAGAGCGGGCACAAGGGGUUUCAGAGCUCCUGAAGUGCUAUUCAAAUGCCCCAAUCAAACAACUAAAAUCGAUAUUUGGUCUUGCGGCGUUAUCUUAUUGAUCUUACUAUCAAGAAGAUACCCUUUUUUCUCUUCUCCUGAUGAUAUUGAUGCUUUAGUUGAACUAACCUGUUUAUUUGGUAUUGAUAGAAUUAGACAAGUAGCCGCUCUACAUGGCUUGGGUCUAGAAAGCAAUUUGGCUACAGUAAAAGGCUCAGGUUACUCUCUAGGUGAAAUUAUCUAUUGGGCAAUUAACACAGAAAGGUUAAGUAAAACCUUGCCAUCUGACUCAAUCGUAAUCAAGGAAACUUUCCAAGGUUUGGACGAAUCUGGAAAACCAAAAAAUAACAAAACUGGAAAAGAAUUUGAAAAUGUCUUUCAAUUAUUAUUAGAAUGCUUAAAUUUAUAUUCUAAUGGUAGAAUCACCGCAGCAAAUGCUCUAAAAUUGCCAUUUUUCGAUGAAUGCCAUAAAUAUGAAGCAUUGUUAAAUAGUUCAAGUAUCAGAUAUUGA